CGCGUGACGUGUUGGCCGGGCGCUGCUCGCCAAGAUGGCGGACGAGGAGGGUGAAGGGCUGCCGCGCUCGGCGGCGGCGCCGCACCGGAACGGCGGUGGUGAGGGGGCCCCGGCGGGGCCGGGCGGCCCCCGCGUAGUCCGUAUCGUCAAGUCGGAGUCUGGCUACGGCUUUAACGUACGCGGUCAAGUGAGCGAGGGCGGCCAGCUACGGAGCAUCAACGGCGAGCUCUACGCCCCGCUGCAGCAUGUCAGCGCCGUGCUGGGCGGCGGGGCGGCCGACCGCGCUGGGGUGCGCAAGGGGGACCGCAUCCUGGAGGUGAAUGGGGUGAAUGUUGAAGGAGCAACACACAAGCAAGUGGUGGACCUGAUUCGUGCAGGAGAGAAGGAGUUAAUUCUGACAGUGCUGUCCGUGCCUCCCCAUGAGGCAGAUAACCUUGAUCCGAGUGAUGACUCUUUGGGGCAGUCAUUCUACGACUACACAGAAAAACAAGCUGUGCCCAUCUCCAUCCCCACGUACAAGCAUGUGGAGCAGAAUGGCGAGAAGUUUGUGGUCUACAAUGUUUACAUGGCGGGCCGCCAGCUCUGCUCAAAGCGGUACCGGGAAUUUGCCAUCCUGCACCAGAACCUGAAACGGGAAUUUGCCAACUUCACUUUUCCACGUCUCCCAGGGAAGUGGCCAUUCUCUUUGUCAGAGCAGCAGCUGGAUGCCCGGCGGCGAGGGCUGGAGGAAUACCUGGAGAAAGUGUGUUCAAUACGUGUCAUUGGGGAGAGCGACAUCAUGCAGGAGUUCCUGUCGGAGUCAGAUGAGAAUUACAACGGUGUCUCAGAUGUGGAGCUCCGAGUAGCAUUACCAGAUAUAACAACAGUGACAGUAAGAGUCAAAAAGAACAGCACUACAGACCAGGUGUACCAGGCCGUGGCUGCGAAAGUUGGAAUGGACAGUAUUACCGCAAACUACUUCGCCUUGUUUGAAGUGAUCAAUCACUCCUUUGUGCGCAAACUGGCGCCCAAUGAAUUCCCCCACAAACUCUACGUGCAGAACUACACCUCAGCGGUGCCGGGAACAUGCCUGACCAUCCGAAAAUGGCUCUUCACUACAGAGGAGGAGGUUCUUCUCAAUGACAAUGACCUGGCAGUCACCUACUUCUUCCAUCAGGCUGUUGAUGAUGUCAAGAAAGGCUACAUCAAAGCAGAGGAGAAGUCCUACCAGUUACAGAAGCUGUGUGAGCAGAGAAAGAUGGUCAUGUAUUUAAACAUGUUACGGACAUGUGAGGGUUACAACGAGAUCAGCUUCCCCCAUUGCUCCUGUGACUCUCGGCGGAAGGGACAUGUGAUUACAGCCAUCAGCAUUAAGCACUUUAAACUCCAUGCCUGCACAGAGGAGGGCCAGCUGGAGAACCAGGUAAUAGCAUUUGAAUGGGACGAAAUGCAGCGGUGGGACACGGACGAAGAGGGAAUGGCAUUUUGUUUCGAAUAUGCACGAGGAGAGAAGAAACCCCGAUGGGUUAAAAUCUUCACCCCCUAUUUCAACUACAUGCAUGAGUGCUUCGAACGGGUUUUCUGCGAGCUCAAGUGGAGGAAGGAGGUGGAGGAGGAAGCAACAGACAAGGAUAACAAGAACUGCAGUAAAGACAAUAUGUGCAGCAAGAAUAUCUUUCAGAUGGUCAGGUCACAGCAGAGGGACGCAGCCACUUAGCCCCUCGUCAUGGAAGAACGUAACCCCCCCCCCCCUUCCCAAUUAACACUUAAAAUUCUGUUAUUGUAUUAAAGCCCUUAAACUAAAUAUUAUUAAUAAUACCAUUUGUGAACUUCAUGUUUAUGGAAUUAAGCAACUAGGAUAAAUGACAGGCUUGGCUGAGAAAAGAGGGGAAAAAGUGUUGGAUGGCAGAGCAACCGCCCGAGGGUGUUCCGUCUCUUCCUUCCACUUGGGUCCUGUUCCAGAAGAUGGACUGUGCUUUUAUUUUUUACAACUGGAACUAGAAAUGUCAUCCAUUUGCACUGUUCAGACAUAUAUAUGUAUGUAUGUAAAAAAAAAAAAACCAACAAAUCAACCAACCGCCCCUAAAAAGCUAUAUAUACAAAUAUUGUGCACGUAUAUACAUAUAUAUAUUUCUUUUAAAAUUUCAUAUUGGUGGCAGUACCUUUUUUAAGCUUGCAUUUUUACACGCAUUUCUCUUCACAACCCAUCGUGUUUUUUUAAAAACUAACUUUAGAGGAAAAAAAGGAAAAAAAAAAAAAAGGAAAAAACAAAACAAAACAAAAAAACAACAGAGAAGCAAUGUUACAGGGAAAUACCUCUCCUGGCACAAGGACCUUGACACGUUUACAAGCUCUUGACUUUCUUUUUUUUUUCUCCUGUGUUUUGGUUUGGUUCUGGGUAUUUUCAUGCAGACUUUGAGCGACUGUGGGGGAUGUCCGGCUCCAAGAGCAAGGGGAGCCCAGUGGCAUGGCCAGGAUGUAGGAUCUCGUGGGUUCCAGGAUCAGUCCCCUCGCCCCGGCACCCUGAAGAGGGGGGUGGGGGGUGCUGCCCGCUCCCCUCGCUGCCCCCAUGGGCCAGCAGAUCUGGGCAGUGGUUCAAGACCCUUGGGCUUUUUGGGAGAGAUCAGAGAGCGCUUCCAAAAACCAGCCGGCUUCAGCCAUGGUGGCGAGUGAUCUGCCUGUGGCUCGGGUGGCCGAGCAGUGCCGAGGAGGAGAAAUAAGGUAGAAAAGCUGCUUUUCCUGCCUCUGAGCAGGUUUGGGGCUGGUUUCUGUAUCGCUUCCCCAGGUAGCCCUGGGUUUGGGGUGGCUUUUGUGAUAUUUGGGAGAUGCUGGUCCUGCUGCUUCCCCCACCAUGAGGAACAAAACGCUAAUGUAGAACACAAGUGAGCUUGGGCAAGCAUGGGUGAACAUCUUGGCAAUGCUCACGGCCCCCCAGGCACCGUGGGUGUGGGAGGGAGGUGAUGCCAAGCAGAAAAUGCUGUGCGUUUGCUUAGCGUAGUGAUUUCCCCUUUCUGCCCGUGUUUUGGGAAGGGGUUUGUGUGCCCCUCGCCAGGUUGGGAGAAGGCACGAGGCGGGGACGGAUGCCGGGGUGCAGCCGGGCUCGGUGUGUUCCCUGUGGGAGCCUUUGGCUGCUGUGACCCCAGCUCCGCUCUCUCUUCAGGGUGGCCUGGGGCAAUUAAGGAAAAAAUGGAUUUAAAACCCCAGCACGGGGGGGACGGGAACGCAAUCCCACCCCUGCUCCAUCACUGGGCUGCCAGUAUUCCCAGCCUCCACCUGUUUUUUUGGGUUAAAUUGCAGCUCAGUGCGGGGGAUCCUCCUGGUUCCUCAGGCAGCCAGGGCGCUGGGAGAGAGCAAAGGCCGUGAGCAGGGAAUUAAUUAGCCCAGCGCCGGAGUAAUUGGAUUUGAGCUCGGCCGUGUCUCUCACCCGCUCCAGGGCCGUUGUCCUCGGGAGCCCUGUGCUGCUGGAGGCCCCGGGGUGGGGUGGGGUUGGGAGAGAUGCGGGGACCCACCACCACCACCACCCCCACCCAGUGCCAGGGCUCAUCAGUGGCGUGAAAGGGGCAGGUCUCAGCAAUAAUCGCGCCCGUGACCCUGUUCGAGUUGGAGCCGGUGAAAUGUGGUCGUCAUCCCCGCCCCGAUUUCGCUACCAUCCACAUCCUCUUUAAUUUAUUUGAGAGAACUCUAAUUGUCUUUUCACUGCAGUAUCUUGUAUUUUUUAUUUGUCAGUCAGAAAUGUGAAGAAAACAACUAAAAAGAAGAAAAGAAAAAAAAAUCCUCCCCCCCCUUUCCCUACCCCAGCUGCUCCCGGUGUUUCAUUCCUUGGUCUCUAACCAUGCUGGUUGUUUGGUAAAGUCACUUAGUGUAAUUAAUUGUAACAUAUUCUUUUAAAUAAAUUGAUUUAUUGAUGAAA